AAGGAGUACUUUCACAAUUCCCACCCGGAAGAGACCUGUAAGGAGGAUACUAAAUGAAAAUAAAUGCUGAUUGAAAUGGCGUCAGCCACGGUUCGGGACUGGGCUCUGUGCACCGUCUCGCUGCUUAACUUUGCGUUUGUUUUUAUAUCCGGUGCAGACUUCAUUCGGUUCCUUUCAUUUCGAGCAAUUUAUCACAACAUCACUGGGGACACGACACUGUGCCAAGAUUCCAUCCCGUGGUCCGUGGCCCUGCAGGACAGCUCUGUCCUCAGGUCUCUUGUCGUGGAUGUGGGCCUGCUGGCUCUCUUCACCACACAGCACAGUCUGCUGGCCUGGUCUCCUGUCAAACAGGCCCUGCAGUCAGUGCUGGGGGCCCUGAACAGGACAGCAUACUGCUUCACAACUGCACUGGCCCUUCAGGUUUUGAUGCGAUACUGGGAGCCUGUGACCGGCGCCCCCUGUCUGUGGUCAGUACGUCAUGCACCCUGGAGUAUCUGGUUUCCUCUGCUGUGCUUCACUCUGCACUUCCUCUGCUGGGCCAUCAUCUUCAGCAUCCUUAUGAUCUUUGAUUACCCUGAACUGAUGGGCAUCAAGCAGGUGUAUUAUCAGUGUCUCGGUUUGGGGGAUCCCUUGUCCCACAAGUCGCCCCGUGCUCAGCGCCUCUUGUCUCACCUUCGUCACCCGGUGUGUUUGGAGCUGGGCGUCGUGCUGUGGCUCUUGCCCUGUUUGUCCCUGGACAGGCUCCUGCUGGCAGGGACUCUGUCAACCUACCUGGCCCUGGCUCACUCUCUGGACAAACAGGAUUUAGCGUAUCUUUGUACUCAGUACAACAGCAAGGUGCAGCUCUUAAGCGAGCCGCAGCAGGGCAGCGCUGACGCAACAGAUCGGGACUCAGGCAACCACAAGGAAAAGUGAAGUGAAAGUCUUCUAGUUGCUGUGAGGAGAAGUCUGCUGCUGUAUUGUUAUUAACCAGAAGUGUCUUUCAGAAACUGUCAUCGAGUCUGGUUAUCUGCUGUGCUGAAUAAGAGCAAACAAACCUGCUUAAGUAUUUUUUCUGUAAAGGGCAAAAGACCACUUAAAGGCAGCUUAACACUGUAUUUUCAAUUUUUUUAAAUCUGAACAGAAAAUUUUAAGAAGAGUUUUAAUUACAAUGUAAACAUCUCCUGAGGACAUAUUUCUACCCUCAUUACAUCUUGGCAUGAACAAAUGUCUAAAAUUGACAUUUUUAAAAAAAUGCCACAAAACCCUCUAAAUAUAUCCUCUUUUAAACUAUUUUUAAAUUUCAUAGUAUAUUUUUAUAGGUUGUUACAUUGUAUCCGUGAGCUGCAGGUAUCCUGUAUUUUACUGUACACUACUUUAAAGCUCCUGUAUGGAACUUUUGGUCAGUUUUGAUUUUGGCACCCUCUGUGUACAAAGAGGUAUGGUCUCAUAUCUAUGCAGUCACUGUUUUUUCAGUGUCCUUUCAGCAUAAAGUGAUAAACUGUUUUUCACUUCCCUGACACCUACCCCCCUGCAGUGGCUACAGACAUUAGAAGUAACUAUAGAGACGUAUUUGAUCUUUAUGCUGAUGAUAAUGUUUGCUUUUAUAAGCUAGAGGGAAGUAUCUAUUUCAACUUCAGUCUGUUUUUAUAACCAGAUAAGAACUUCUCACAGGAGCUUUAAAAUGAAAGUUAAACAGAGAUCACUCUGACAAAAAAAACAAAAAUGCAGCUUUGUUUUUCUCAAAAAUUGCAGCUAUCAUUAAGACAAACAUUUUUCAAUUUCUGAAAUUGAGAAUGUUCUUCUGAUUGUGUGUUUAUUGUGUUUGGGAACCACUAAUGACAUGACAGUUGUUAUUUUGUGCCUUUUGCUGUUCAUCUUACUGGACAACCCAAGGAACUUAAGUCAAAGUAUCUUCCUGUCUGUGAGUCUUGACUUUAAAGUACUGUAAUCUUGUUUAAAACAUGUAUUAGUUUGUCCAUGUCUAGAUUGCUGCAACACUGAAAUACAAGAAUCAUUUCCAAUAUUUUCAA